GGGACAUGCGGAAGAGCUGCCAUCUGCUCAGCGCAGCGCUCCAUCACUGGUGAAGGUGUCACAGGAUUGCUCGGCCGAGGCAGCGACAACCCGACACGUUGACCCACUGUUGAGGGGGAAGUGCGGGGGGCGGACGGCAGAGAGCAGUGAUUUUAAUCCAGGAAGUCUUGAAGCAAGAUGUCUCAUAUUCCUGGCAGUUCAGGAUUUGCUUUAAUGAGUGAUAAAUCAAUGGAGUUUUAUAAGGAUCCUGUGAAUUUUUGCACUAGCCGAAUCCACAACACUGGGAGCAGAGUUUUCCAAGCACGUCUCCUCAACAAACCAACUGUAUUUGUAUGCUCUGUGAAAGGGAUGAAAGAAAUGUUGUGUGAAAAAGUCAAUGUUUUUGACACGGCCUAUACUGCUUCUAUGUGUAAGCUGUUUGGAGACACCAUCUGCUUCUGUAAUGGAGAAGAAGCUCAUUUAUUGAGAUUAUCACUCAUGCAGCUGUUUAAAGAGAAAUCACUAGAUGCGUAUGGAGAUUACAUUAACAGGGUAUGUGAGAGGAAUCUGAGGGACCUCGCGCUGAGUAGUGAACCUGUUGCCAUAUACCGUCUGUUCAAACGUUUGGCUACAGAACUGUCCUUGGGACUUUUUCUUAAUGUUGACGCAGAGGAAUCUGCAGCACUCACCAAACAGAUUAUUCAGCUUACAACACAACAUUGGCAUGGGUUAAUCUCUGCACCUGUCAACCUGAAAGUGCCUGUGUGGACUUCAGGAUUUUCGCUGGCUCUAGAGGCUAAAGAAAAGCUAUUAAAAAUCAUCAAUGAACGCCUUAAGAGUGAUGAAGAUGGGUUUGUCAAUAAAAUAAAGAACAUACCCUUCCCGGAAAACACCAGUGCAACACAACACCUUCUCCUGUUUAUUUCGGCACUGAUUCCAAAGGCACUGGCUUCCCUGCUGACCUCUUUCACCCUCGCACUGGCUGGAUCAAACCAGAUCCAUAUUCAUAAAUGUGCACAAGAAAGUGAAGACUAUCUGAACAAUGUGCUGCUGGAGGUCCAGAGACUUUGGCCCUCUUUUAUUGGUGGACGGAGAAUCGCAAAACAGGACACUACACUCUGUGGUUACAUAAUUCCAAAAGGGUAUUCAGUGAUGUUCAUAGCCUUUGCUGUCCAUAGGGAUCCUGAUUAUUUUGAUCAUCCUGAUGAGUUUCUCCCGGAAAGAUGGUCUGAAAGAAAUGCCGGACAAGAAAAUGUUCUAUGUUGUUUUGGGAAUGGCCCGAGGAAUUGCAUUGGCAUUGAACUAAACAACAUGAUCGUGAAGGCUGCUGCCAGAUAUUUGCUGAGCCAUUACACAUGGAGCUUGGACCCUCCUACCCAAACUCUGGACUACAAGUGGCUUCCAGUCUCUAGACCUGCUGAAGAUCCCACAAUUAAGUUUAUGUCAUAUUUUUGCCAAACCUAACACUAAGUCAUGCUGUUGUGAACUACACGGAUAACUCAACAUAUUUUCAAACAAUCACAGAUCUGCGUGAUCAAUAAGUCAUAAUGUAACUCCAGUCUCAAAGGAUAGGAUGGAAUUGAGUUCAAUAACACCACCUGAUUUUCUCAGUUUUAUAUCAUCAAAUAUACAACAGCCACCAUCAUGUACUAUCUUUGACAGAAAAAAAUUAAAGAUCUGUCCUGUUGGUGUUUUACUACAACAUAUAGAUUUAUUAAUUUGAUUGUGAAAGGUGUGACUUUGGAAUCAAUAGUAAGUUAUUAAACAUUGGUAGCACAUUGAGUAAUGUUAAGAUUUGCUGUAAUCAAUAAA